CUGGUUCUGAUUUCUGCAGAGCCUCAGCUGUUCCCUCUGCUCUGCAGUGACGUUCAGGUCAGACUCUUGCUUGCACCACUUUCACCCAGAGCUUCUAAAACUGGUGGUGUUUCAUAAAGAGCUCUCUUCUCCUCUAUAGCUUAAAGCUCUUUGUUGGAAAGCUGCUCCUGACAAAAGUUGAAGCCGGCUGGUGAAUCAUGUCUCCUGCUGUGAGCUGGAGACUGCAGCUCAGUUUGACUGCAGCUGCAGGAGGAGCAACAGGAACAGGUGAAUCACGCCUCAGGUGAUGCUGUAACGCCCGGCUGUCGGCAGCAGAGGGCCUGCUGAUGUCAGAAGAUCUGAUUCGACGUGGACUCACUCCAUCUGCUCCACUCUGAUCCUAACAACUCAUCUUCAGGCUUAAAAUUUAUUUCACACCAACGGAGUUUCUCCUCCACGUGAGGUGACGAAGACGCUGCUCUGAUUCAUCUGUGUGUGUGUGAAUGAAUCAGGGAUGCUGCCGUCCUACUCUUCCCUCCUUCCUCCUCCUCUUCUGUCGUGACGUUGGCUCAGGAGGAAACACCACAAACAGUGCUGAGAUAUUCUGAGAGAUCAUGCCGAGUGUGUGAGUGACUCAGAGGGAAAUACCUCUGUGCAUGGAGGAGGAGUUUAACUGCUGGAGGUAUAAUUGCUGUCAGAGAGCAGAGAGGGAGAGCAGAGUGACCCUGCUCGCUGUUCCAACCCAGUACCAGAGAGAACCAGAACCAGCACAAGCUCCAAAUGAAGGAUUAACCCAGCAGAACCACGGAUUUGAACCAGCAUCUCACCAUCAGAGGGGACGGCUCACACUUGUUGACUGCUUCUGUUGCAUCUUUUUAUCUCAAACCCAUGAAAGACGAGUUCUAACGGGUUCUAACGCCUGUCUGACCCAGAACCUGCUUUACUCUCUGGUAGAACGGCGCUCCCUGAUCCCUCCAUCAGAUCCUGCUGCUUUGACUUUUCUCCCUGGACGGUCAGACUCGACCCUCCGGUCCUCCCAUCAGGUCCGGUUCUCUGGUCCUCAGCGGCGACCGCACACAUUUAACCCUUUGCAGGACCAUCAGCGUUGGUCAGGGAGCAGCAUGUCUUCUUGGGCUGCGCUCUUCUUUGUGGCUCCCAUCUUUCUUCUGAUCGACACGACUCCCACCAUCUCCUCUCCACUGGAGGUUGCUCCGCGGCUCCAGGAAGGGGCAGCAGCCUCUGAUUGCCCGUCCUGCUCUCUGGCUCAGAUGAGGAAGAAUUUGUCUUCGUCUGGAGGUCAGAGUGACAUGGUGGAGGCGGUGAAGCGUCACAUCCUGAACAUGCUGCACCUGAGCGCCCGACCCAACCUGACGCAGCCGGUUCCUCGUGCGGCUCUGCUCAACGCCAUCAAGAAGCUGCAUGUGGGCCGUGUUACUGAAGACGGUACUGUGGAGAUACCGGAGGACAGCUCAGGCCCUGGAACCUUCCCAGAACCUGAACCUCCAUCUGAGCUGAUCAUCUUUGGAGAGCCAGGAGACUCUCCGAACACGGUGACCUUUGAGGUCCUGAAGGACGGCGACUCGGCCGUGGUGCAGGAGGCCAACGUCUGGAUCUUCCUGAAGAUGUCCAAGGCCAGUCGGGUCAGAAGUAAAGUGAUGCUGCAGCUGCUGUGGACUCGCCGUGACGGUGCUGCUCAUAAAGACCAGUUUGUUUCAGAGAAGAUGGUGGACAGCCGGCGCAGCGGCUGGCACACGCUCUCUGUGAGCCACGGCCUUCAGUCCCUGCUGGACGGCGGCAGCAGCUCUCUCAGCCUGCGGGUCUCCUGCCCGCUUUGUGCCGAGGUCGGGGCGUCGCCUGUCCUCACGCCCGGCGCCGGAGCCAAGGCGAGCGGCCGGGUUCAGUCCCACCGGCCCUUCCUCAUGGUGAUGAUGCGGGCCGAGGAGGAGGAGCCUCAGCGCCGAGUCAAACGAGGUCUGGAGUGCAACGGCAAAAUCCACGUGUGCUGCAAGCGGCAAUUCUACGUAAACUUUAAAGACAUCGGCUGGAGCGACUGGAUCAUCGCCCCGGCCGGGUACCACGCCAACUACUGCGAGGGAGACUGCCAGAGCCACAUGGGCAGCUCGGCGCUUUCCUUUCACUCGGCGGUCAUCAGCCAUUACCGCAUGAGGGGCUACGCGCCGUUCCAGAACAUGAAGUCCUGCUGCGUGCCCACCAGGCUGCGGGCCAUGUCCAUGCUCUACUACAACGAGGAGCAGAAGAUCAUCAAGAAGGACAUCCAGAACAUGGUGGUGGAGGAGUGUGGCUGCUCGUAGAACUAAAGGCUGUAGAAAGCCUGCAACCCGCUUCCUGCAGGAAGUUCCCCAAAAGCCCCUUCAUGUUCUCACAUCUGCUCUUCCUCAACAGAGCGAGCCAACAGAACAUUCCCACUGGGCCGGCUCUGCUGCUGUUCGUCACCCAAGUGUUCCUCUGGAGGUUCAGUGAACCCCCUGGAUGGAGAAGAGUUCAUCCAUCUGCAGGAGCCAAUCAUCACCGCUGAGAAGGUGAAGGUAGACGCGAGCCACAGAGAACCUCUCAGAUUCAGACAGAAGCCAAAAAUGAGCCCAUGAUCAAAGUUUGGCUCGUUUUUCUGAAAUCGAAAUGAGACAAAAGUAUGAAAAUACCUGAAACUGUUUCUGGAGCUUCUUUUAGCUCUUGAUAUAAUUUAUUUGCCUAUUUUUGUCAUUAAACUGUGAGCCAAGAUGA